GAGCUCUCGACGAGACAACUAUUGUGACCCCAUUUCAUUGGAACUUGACAUGGCAGUCCUCUCUUCGUUGGUGUCAUAAAUGACCGCUUCGAGUACUCCCAAGCAUGCGAAAGGAAUGCUAAUCGAUGUGCAUGUGAUACAUGUGAGAGAGCAUGCAGAACGCAUCCCCGUUGACCAAAGGAGCGUCGAGUAUUGGUUCCGUCAAUGGAUCGGUCGCUGAGAUGCCCGCGAACAGGAAAUGUUCAUGUCGCACAAUUCCAUGGACGGGCAAGGCUAACGGUAUCGAAAGUCUUUAUGGAGUGCAACCAAGAGAUAUCUGGGUGAUAGCACUCCGCCCUCUUUCAGUUCGACACUGAAGGGAGACGUGAAGCUGUUUUCUUUCACGACAAAAGCAACAAAUGAUGCGCGUCUUGUCACGCGCCUCGUGAUCUUCUGAAACAGUGACAAGCGCGCCCCGCAACCACGGUCACCGGUGUGACCGUAUCUACUUAUAAAUCGACAUUUUGAAUGUGGGGUUAGCUGCAUCGUACUCUCACCCGCCGUCCGUAUCAUGUAUCACGAUUUCAACGUCUGCCAGCCGGCUGACGAGCGAGGCUAUUUACCCAUUGCUGACCAUGGAUUAAUCGGUAACCUCAGGACUGCAGCUCUUAUUAGUAUUGACGGGUCCGUUGAAAGCUACUGCGUACCCAACUUCGACUCCCCGUCGAUUUUCGUCCGCAUCUUGGACAAGGACAAGGGAGGUCAUUUUUCAAUCACUCCCACAGUGCCAUUCACCACGAAACAGAGCUAUCUGCCGAGUUCUAACGUUUUGCAAACGAAAUUCCUAAACGACAAGGGCGUAGCAACUGUCACCGACUUUCUCCCUCGUCAACCUAGUAGUAAUACUGCCCGUCCAUUGCUCUCAUGGUUAAUUCGACGUGUGGAGGUCGUUCGUGGAUCCAUUUCUCUUCGUAUGGAAUGCGCUCCGGCCUUCAACUACGCUCGCUCUCCCCAUACUCUAGAGAUCAUUCCCGACCUUUCCAUUCCAGUCCCCGACACCACCCCCGAUCAUAUUCACAAUAAAGCGUUAUUUUCUUCGUCUGAGGCUAAACUGGAGCUGGACUUACGUUACGUCCUGGAGUCCAGUUUAGCUGGUGUCCCUGAACCCAACCUUGAGUUGCAGGUCUUGGAUUUGACAGAGAAGGGUCAUUUGGGUCACAGCGUGUUCUGCAAUCUAGAACUUAUAGAAGGUCAAGCCGUGACUUUCAUUCUGCGAACCCCACCAGAGCGCACGUAUCCUCAUGUGGCACAGCCUAGCACGGAAAGGGCGAAGGAGUUAGGAAUCCCUUUUGAGAAGCUUGUGCUUGGCGCAUCUAACUUGCGUGCUCCGGAUGAUCCCGUGCUCACCAGGGCUUUGGUACACGAGCUGCUCGAGACGACCAAUCAAUACUGGAAUGCAUGGAUACGGCGAUCGACUUACAGCGGCUCUUGGAAAGAAGCAGUACAUAGAAGCGCUCUUGCUCUGAAGCUCUUGAUUUAUGAGCCCACUGGUGCCGUGGUCGCGAGUCCAACUUUCAGUUUACCUGAGUUCAUCGGCGGUACCAGAAAUUGGGAUUAUCGAGCGUCAUGGAUCCGCGACUCUUCCUUCACACUGUAUGCCCUGAUUAGGCUUGGUUUCACUCACGAGGCAAACGCGUACAUGGAUUUCAUCUUCGAACGAGUCAAGGCCAAGAACCCAGACGGUUCACUCAAGAUCAUGUAUACCAUUCACGGUGAUAAAGAGUUCCCAGAAGAGGAACUCACGCAUUUAGAAGGACACCAAGGGUCGAGACCCGUCAGAAUCGGGAACGGCGCUAUAGAUCAUAUCCAGCUAGAUAUUUAUGGAGAAUUAAUGGAUUGUAUCUAUCUCGGACAGAAGUACGGCAAACCCUUGGGUUAUGACACUUGGGUCGCCGUCCGUGAGAUCGUCGACUAUGCUGUGUCUGUUCGCAAUGACCCCGACUUGUCUAUCUGGUCAGUUUACUCUUCUAGAGGCUAUUUUACUCGUCCAAUCAAUGGUCUCACACAUCGUGACAGGGAGGUUCGAGGGAAGAAGAAACAUUUUACCUAUUCCAAGGUCAUGUUAUGGGUGGCGAUAGACCGAGGCAUUCGUCUUGCAGACAAACGCUGUCUCCCCUGCCCCAAACGUCUGGAAUGGUUUGCAGCUCGGGACGAGCUGUACGAAGUGAUCAUGCACAAGGCUUGGAAUCCCGAAGGUCAAUUCUUCGGUCAAAGCUAUGAAGACAAGGAUGUGCUUGAUUCGUCUUUGAUGAUCAUGCCGUUGGUGUUCUUCUCCACUCCGGCUGAUCCGAGGUUUUUGAACACGCUACGUGCCAUUCUUCGGUCUCCUGAACGUGGUGGAUUAACCUCAAAUGGUCUUGUAUAUCGGUACGACGUCAACAAGUCUGAUGAUGGCGUGGGCGGGGAGGAGGGCACUUUCUGCCUCUGCACACUCUGGUGCAUCGAAGCUCUGGCUCGGGCGGGUGAAUUCGAUAAGGCGAUGCUGUCCAAAGCUGUUGCCAUGUUUGAGGACUUUUUACAAUAUACCAACCACCUCGGACUGUGCACCGAAGAAAUAUCCGAUGCAGGGGAGGCGCUCGGAAAUGCUGUACAAGGCUUCACGCACGUUACUCUCAUCUCAGCCGCAUAUAACUUGUCACGAAUGCAAGCGAAGCUUAAAAUCUAGAAGUCCUCGAAGCAAAUGCCACUGUAUUGAACGCAGCUGUACGAGUACUUGCACUCACUUGUGUUGUAUAGUUAGAUAUCGAGCAAAGCAAUAUCAAAUUGUAUUGGUCCUUGGUAAACGAAUCUCGUGUUUAAUACAUACUCACGGCGGGGGCAAAUCGCGUUUCCUUUCGAGUGGAUUCUUCUCUUCGGCCUCUCCAAAACAUUUGAAUCUCUCGUUUGGUCGUCAGGCAUGUGGAACAUCCCUCUCGGCAGUCUGAAUUACUUGCAGACUGAAUAUCAAUAAAGUCAGCCUGGGCCC